UUGCUCCGGACCAAGAUGGCCGCGCAUCCCAGUGUUAAGCAGACAGAGGCGGAGCCGGAUCCCCCGGAGCAGCCGGCUGCCUCGGAGACGCAGAAGCUGCCUUCCCAUGGACCUGCUCUCCAGCCCCCAGAGGCGUUGGAAUCACAGACCCCCGUGGCAGAGCCUCCGAGCGGCCAGACUCCCCCGCAGGCCUCCAAGCGGCCGGAGCACCCCGUUUGCCAGGCGAAGCCCCCCGUGCCCCACUCGGCCUCGGAGUGCGCGCAGCCCCAGGGGCCGCCAGCCCCGGAUUCAGGGAGGGCUCUGGGCCGGGCGGGCUACUUGCUGAAGCAGAUGAAGUCCCUCUCGUGGGAAGAGCCGGAGAUCAGCCUGGCGCAGAGGAAGCGGCAGGCGAUGGCCACGUUCGUGCUAGGCUCUUUCGAAGACAACUCCUCCGACGACGAGCUGGUGGCCAGCUCCUUCCGGAUGGCUGGCAGGCGGCGGAGCAGCUUGGCCAGCAUCGGCGCCUCCUCUUCCGUGGACUCCUCCUCGCUGGCCCCCCUGGCCGAGAGCAGCGUGGGCAUGCGACCCAGCAUGUCGGGGAUGUACCUGGUCAAAAGGGGCCAUGAGCAGAGGAAGCUGGACCUCCACAGGGAUUUCACGGUGGCUUCGCCAGCCGAAUUUGUGACUCGCUUUGGAGGGAACCGCGUGAUUGAAAAGGUUCUGAUUGCCAACAACGGCAUCGCCGCCGUGAAGUGCAUGCGCUCCAUCCGCCGCUGGGCCUACGAGAUGUUCCGGAACGAGCGUGCGAUUCGCUUCGUGGUGAUGGUGACUCCCGAAGAUCUGAAAGCGAAUGCAGAAUACAUCAAAAUGGCUGACCAGUACGUGCCCGUCCCCGGAGGCACCAACAACAACAACUACGCCAACGUGGAACUGAUCGUGGAUAUUUCGAAACGAAUCCCGGUGCAGGCUGUGUGGGCCGGCUGGGGACACGCCUCCGAGAACCCGAAGCUGCCCGAGCUGCUGCACAAGCACGGGAUCGCCUUCCUCGGCCCGCCCAGCCAGGCCAUGUGGGCCUUGGGGGACAAAGUGGCUUCCACCAUCGUGGCCCAGACAGUCCACAUCCCAACGUUGCCGUGGAGCGGGAGCGGGCUGGUAGCCAAGUGGACCGAGGAGGAGGAGGAGCAGCUCAGGACCAUCACCGUCCCCCCGGAGACGUACGGGCAGGGUUGCGUGAGGGACGUGGAGGAAGGCCUGGAGGCUUCCGAGAAAAUCGGCUACCCUGUGAUGAUCAAGGCCUCAGAGGGUGGCGGCGGCAAAGGGAUUCGGAUAGUGGAAGGCGCAGAAGAGUUUGCGGCUCGCUACAGACAGGUGCAGAGCGAGGCGCCGGGGUCGCCGAUCUUCGUGAUGAAAUUCCUGCAGCACGCCCGCCACCUCGAAGUCCAGGUCCUGGCCGAUCAGUACGGCAACGCCGUCUCGUUGUUCAGCCGCGACUGCUCCAUCCAGCGGAGGCACCAGAAGAUCAUCGAGGAGGCUCCUGCGACCGUCGCCCCGCCUCCCGUCUUUGACUACAUGGAGCAGUGCGCCGUGCGCCUCGCCAAGAUGGUGGGCUAUGUCAGUGCCGGAACAGUGGAGUACCUGUACAGUGAGGACGGGAGCUUCCACUUCUUGGAGCUGAAUCCCCGCCUGCAGGUGGAGCACCCCUGCACGGAGAUGAUCGCCGAUGUUAACCUGCCGGCUGCCCAGCUCCAGAUAGCCAUGGGGGUGCCUUUGCACAGGAUGAAGGACAUCCGCACCCUCUUCGGGGAGACCCCGUGGGGCGAUGACCCCAUUUCCUUUGAGAGCCUCAGCAGCGUUCCCGUUCCCAGGGGACACGUGAUCGCGGCACGGAUCACCAGUGAAAAUCCCGAUGAGGGCUUCAAGCCCAGCUCCGGCACGGUGCAAGAGCUGAAUUUCCGCAGCAACAAGAACGUCUGGGGCUACUUCAGCGUGGCAGCCACGGGUGGCUUGCACGAAUUCGCCGAUUCCCAGUUCGGACACUGUUUCUCCUGGGGAGAGAACCGAGAGGAGGCCAUCUCGAACUUGGUCGUCGCUCUGAAAGAGCUGUCCAUUCGCGGGGACUUCAGGACGACGGUGGAGUACCUCGUGAAGCUGCUGGAGACCGAGAGCUUCCGGACCAAUGAGAUCGACACCAGCUGGCUGGAUCAUCUGAUCGCGGAAAAAGUGCAGGCGGAGAAGCCGGACACCAUGUUGGGCGUGGUCUGCGGCGCCCUCAACGUGGCCGAUGCCUCAUUCAGGACCUGCAUGGACGACUUCCUGCAUUCCCUCGAGAGGGGCCAGGUCCUGCCGGCCGCCUCACUUCUCAACAUGGUCGACGUCGAGCUCAUCUACGAAGGCGUGAAAUACGCUCUCAAGGUCGCUCGCCAGUCCCUGACCACCUACGUGAUCAUCAUGAACAACUCCCACAUCGAGAUCGACGUGCACAGGCUGAACGACGGCGGCCUCCUGCUCUCCUACGACGGCAACAGCUACACGACGUACAUGAAGGAAGAAGCCGACCGGUACCGCAUCACCAUUGGCAAUAAAACCUGCGACUUCGAGAAGGAGAGCGACCCCACCGUGCUGCGCUCUCCCUCCGCCGGGAAGCUGCUGCAGUUCACCGUCGAGGACGGCGGGCACAUCUGCGUGGGGCAGAGCUACGCGGAAAUAGAGGUGAUGAAGAUGGUCGUGAGCUUGGCCGUGCAGGAAUCGGGCCUCAUCCGCCACGUGAAGCGGCCGGGCACGCUGCUGGAGGCGGGCUGCGUCAUAGCGCGGCUGGAGCUGGAUGACCCCACCAAAGUCCACCCGAUCCAGCUGUACACCGGAGGGCUCCCUCCUCAGCAGCCCCUGCCCAUCCUCGGCGAGAAAUUGCACCAGGUCUUCCACAACGUGCUGGAGAGCCUCCUGAACGUGAUGAGCGGGUACUGCCUGCCCGAGCCGUACUUCAGCACCAAGAUCAAGGAAUGGGUGUGCAAGCUGAUGAAGACGCUGAGGGACCCGUCCCUUCCCCUCCUGGAGCUGCAGGAGAUCAUGACGAGCACCUCGGGCCGGAUCCCCCCGUCGGUGGAGAAGUCGAUCCGGAAGGUGAUGGCCCAGUACGCGAGCAACAUCACCUCGGUGCUCUGCCAGUUCCCCAGCCAGCAGAUCGCCAGCAUCCUGGACAGCCACGCUGCCACCCUGCAGCGGAAGGCCGACCGGGAGGUCUUCUUCAUGAACACCCAGAGUGUCGUGCAGCUCGUGCAGAGGUACCGCAGCGGCAUCCGAGGCCACAUGAAGGCCGUGGUGCUGGAUCUGCUGAGGCGAUACUUGCAGGUGGAGACCCAGUUCCAGCACGCUCACUACGACAAGUGCGUGAUCAACCUGCGCGAGCGGUACAUGCCCGACAUGACCCCGGUGCUCGAGUGCAUUUUCUCCCACGCCCAGGUGGCCAAGAAGAACUUCCUGGUGACCAUGCUGAUCGAUCACCUCUGUGGCAGAGACCCGACCCUGACGGAUGAGCUGGUGGCCAUUUUGAACGAGCUGACGCAGCUGAGCAAGACAGAGCACUCCAAAGUGGCCCUGCGGGCCCGGCAGGUGCUGAUCGCCUCUCACCUGCCUUCCUAUGAGCUGAGACAUAACCAGGUGGAGUCCAUUUUCCUCUCUGCCAUUGACAUGUUUGGACACCAGUUCUGCCCCGAAAACCUGAAGAAACUGAUCCUUUCGGAAACCACCAUCUUCGACGUUCUGCCCACCUUCUUCUACCAUUCCAACCAGGUGGUGCGCAUGGCAGCCCUGGAGGUGUACGUGCGGCGGGGCUACAUCGCCUACGAGCUGAACAGCCUGCAGCACCGGCAGCUGGCGGACGGCACCUGCGUGGUCGAGUUCCAGUUCAUGCUGCCUUCGUCCCAUCCGAACAGGAUGUCUGUGCCAGUCAGCAUCUCCAACCCCGACCUGGCCCGGCACAGCACCGAGCUCUUCAUGGACAGCGGCUUCUCUCCGCUCUGCCAGCGCAUGGGAGCCAUGGUUGCGUUCCACAGAUUCGAGGACUUUGUCAGAAACUUCGAGGAGGUCAUUUCCUGCUUCGCUGACCCCCCUUCGGAGAGCCCCUUGUUCAGUGAGGUGAGGACCACCUUCUACGAUGAAGACGGCAGCAAGAGCAUCCGGGAGGAGCCCAUCCACAUCCUGAACAUCGCCGUCCGGUGCGCAGAUCCUGUUGAAGAUGAGGAGCUGGUGCCGGUGUUCAGAGCCUUCGCGCAGUCCAAGAAGAACAUCCUUGUGGACUGUGGGCUGCGAAGAAUCACAUUUUUGAUCAUCCAGCAGAGAGAAUUCCCCAAGUUUUUCACAUUCCGAGCACGUGACGAGUUUGCUGAGGACAGAAUCUAUCGGCACCUGGAGCCGGCGCUGGCCUUCCAGCUGGAGCUGAGCCGGAUGCGCAACUUCGGCCUGACGGCCAUUCCGUGUGCCAACCACAAGAUGCACCUCUACCUUGGCGCCGCCAAGGUCGAGGAAGGCACCGAAGUCACCGACCACCGGUUCUUUGUCCGCGCCAUCGUCCGGCACUCGGAUCUCAUCACCAAGGAAGCCUCUUUCGAGUACCUGCAGAACGAAGGCGAGCGGCUGCUGCUGGAGGCCAUGGACGAGCUGGAGGUGGCCUUCAGCAACACCUCCGUGCGCACGGACUGCAACCACAUCUUCCUCAACUUCGUCCCCACCGUGGUCAUGGACCCCUCCAAGAUCGAGGAAUCCGUGCGCUCCAUGGUGAUGCGGUACGGGAGCCGCCUGUGGAAGCUCCGGGUGCUUCAAGCCGAAGUGAAGAUCAACAUCCGCUUGACGCCCACCGCCCAGGCCAUCCCGAUCCGCCUCUUCCUCACGGACGAGUCGGGCUAUUACCUGGACAUCAGCCUCUACAGGGAGGUCAACGACCCCAGCACGGGGAGCAUCAUGUUUCACUCCUACGGAGACAAGCAAGGGCCGCUGCACGGGAUGCUGAUCAACACGCCCUACGUCACGAAGGACUUGCUGCAGGCGAAGCGCUUCCAGGCCCAGUCGCUGGGCACAACCUACGUCUACGACUUCCUGGAGAUGUUCCGGCAGGCGCUCUUCAAGUUGUGGGGUCCGACAGCGGAAGAAGCCUCAGACGUCCUGACUUACACUGAGUUGGUCCUGGACUCGCAGGGGCAGCUGGUGCAGAUGAACAGGCUGCCCGGUGGAAACGAGAUUGGCAUGGUGGCCUUCAAAAUGAAGCUGAAGACCCCCGAGUACCCCAGAGGCCGCGACAUUGUGCUCAUCAGCAACGACAUCACCUACAAGAUCGGAUCGUUUGGGCCUGAGGAAGACCUCCUCUUCCUGAGGGCCUCGGAGCUGGCCCGCGCGGAGGGCAUCCCGAGGGUCUACAUCGCCGCCAACAGCGGUGCCCGCAUCGGGUUUGCGGACGAGAUCAAGCACAAGUUCCAGGUGGCCUGGGUGGACCCGGAGGACCCCUACAAGGGGUUCCGGUACCUGUACCUGACUCCCCAGGACUACACGAGGAUCAGCUCCGUGAACGCCGUGCACUGCGAGCACGUCGAGGAAGGAGGCGAGUCAAGGUACAUCAUCACCGACAUCAUCGGUAAAGACGAAGGCAUCGGCGUGGAGAACCUGCGAGCGUCCGGCACCAUCGCCGGAGAGUCUUCUCUUGCUUACGAUGAAAUCGUCACCAUUAGCAUGGUGACCUGCCGCGCCAUUGGGAUCGGGGCGUACCUGGUGAGACUCGGCCAGCGGGUGAUCCAGGUGGAAAACUCCCACAUCAUUCUGACCGGAUUUGGUGCUUUGAAUAAGGUCUUGGGCCGCGAGGUGUACACUUCGAACAACCAGCUGGGGGGGGUGCAGAUCAUGCACAACAAUGGCGUCUCCCACCUGACUGUGCCCGACGACUUCGAGGGGGUCUGCGCCAUCCUCCGGUGGCUCUCGUAUGUCCCCAAGGACAAGCACAGCCCACUGCCCAUGACCCCCACGAGUGACCCCAUCGAGAGGGACAUCGACUUCGUCCCUUCCAAAGCCCCUUAUGACCCCCGCUGGAUGCUGGCGGGGAGACCCCAUCCGACUGCGAAAGGGUCCUGGCAGAGCGGCUUCUUUGACCACGGUUCCUUCACGGAGGUGAUGCAGCCCUGGGCGCAGACCGUGGUGGUCGGCAGGGCCAGGCUGGGUGGGAUCCCAGUGGGCGUGAUCGCCGUCGAGACCCGGACGGUGGAGCUGGCGGUGCCGGCCGACCCGGCGAACCCAGACUCGGAAGCGAAGAUCAUCCAGCAGGCCGGCCAGGUCUGGUUUCCUGAUUCAGCCUUUAAAACUGCUCAGGCCAUCCGGGACUUCGACCGGGAGCAUCUCCCCCUCUUGAUUUUCGCCAACUGGAGGGGGUUCUCGGGGGGAAUGAAAGACAUGUACGACCAGGUGCUGAAGUUCGGGGCCUGCAUUGUGGACAGCCUGCGGCAGUUCCGGCGCCCGGCCCUGGUCUACAUCCCGCCCCACGCCGAGCUCCGGGGCGGCUCGUGGGUGGUGAUCGACCCGACCAUCAACCCGCUUUGCGUGGAGCUGUACGCGGACAAAGAGAGCAGGGGAGGCAUCUUGGAGGCAGAAGGCACCGUUGAGAUCAAAUUCAGGAAGAAGGAGCUGCUCAAGACCAUGAAGAGGACCGACGCGACCUGCGCCAGGAUCGCACAGCAGCUGGGCUCCCCGGAGCUCCCCGAGGCGGAGCGCAAGGAGCUGGAGAGGCAGCUGAAGGCGCGGGAGGACCACCUGCUGCCCAUCUACCACCAGGUGGCGGUGCAGUUUGCCGACCUGCACGACACUCCCGGGAGGAUGCAGGAGAAGGGAGUCAUUGCAGACAUCCUCCAGUGGAAGAGCGCCCGCACCUUCCUGUACUGGCGCUUGCGGCGGCUGCUGCUGGAGGAGGCCGUGAAGGCCGAGGUGGUGAGCGCCCACAGCGAGCUCAGCAACAGCCACAUCCAGUCCAUGCUGCGGCGCUGGUUCCUGGAGACGGAAGGGGCCGUGAAGGGCUACCUCUGGGACAACAACCAGGUCGUGGUGGAGUGGAUCGAGAAGCACCUGCGCGAGGAGGACGGGACCAGGUCCGCCAUCCGGGAGAACAUCAAGUACCUGAAGCGUGACCAUGCCCUGAAGCACAUCCGCACUUUAGUUCAGGCAAAUCCAGAGGUGGCCCUGGACUGCAUCAUUCACAUGACCCAGCACCUCACCCGUGCGCAGAGGACCCAGCUCGCCUGGCUGCUCUCCAAAAUGGACAACCCGGCCUCCUCUUGACUCGGGCACCGCCACAGCAGGAAGGACCCCGUUCUUGCCGGCCGGGAAAACGCGUGGAGAUGGGACUGGCCCUCGCCUCCUGCCAGCCAGACCGGGGGGGGGGGGGGGGGGCGCCGCGACAGGGUGCGUGGCGCAGCCCGUCUCUGGAGCAGCCCUUCCCAGCACUUCUAGCGCUGGUUUUGGCUUUGCAGGGGGAGCCGUCUGUCCUGCACUUGCGGAUGGAAAGACCCAGGUCACCCGGGUGUAGUCAGCUGUAAGGACGCGCUCUUAGGCUAGCUGAGCCUUUGAUGCAGCAGACACAUGUCCAAGAUAAGUGUUGUUUUGGUCACAUAACACAUUAUCUUCGAAACAGAAAAACAGAAUUAGUUUUCAGUUGUUGCUGUCAAGCAUUUGGCUGACUAAGAAAGGUUUCUCUACUUUUAAAAAUGACUCUGGUAAACAUAUGUGCAGGGAAAAGUUGCCAGUAACCGAUAGCAAGCCAGUCUCUGGUGCGUUGGCAACCCUUUUUAAUAGUGCUUCCAUUUCCGCCUUUGCUGGAAUGGCUUGCUUCUUCCUCAGGUGGUCUUAGUUGUGCCUUACUGUGGGAGUCUAUGUCUGAGUGUUAUUUUAAUAGAUCCACUCAAUUAUUGGAAUUUGCUGCAAGCUGAGAAUUUAAAAUACAUCUUUUAAAGGGGUACGUGAUGUGCAGUUGAAGGGACUGAAUGGCUUCAAUUUUUACCCGCAAAUUCUCAUGCCAGGACAAAGGGGGCAGCGGUGGGGGGGGGGGAUGUGCGUCAUGAGGGUAUUAUCACAGAGCAGACAUUUUUUCUAAAAGAAAAGAUGGUUAUAAUUUUCUCCUUCAAAGAGGGAAGAGCCAAGUGAAACACAGCUUUUUCCCAUUGGACAGGUAUUCACCUAUGCGCACCUUGUCACAGAGAGAAGGGCUCUAAAAACCCCUGUUGAAAAAGCUGUAGAACUGCUAAUAAAACAAGCGUAUUCCCAGAAAUGGCAUUCUGGCUUUUCCUACUGACUUCACAUUCCUCUUGUCUUUGGAGACUUGUGAAACAGAUCUUUGAAUUCGCUAAACAGUUCUGACUAGAUUCACGUCCGCCGUAAAGCCGCCCAAAAUGUGUACCUAUUAAUGAGCCCACCUUUUAGCAGGUCUCUAAUGUCAAUCUUUAUUGAGCUUUAUUUCCAUAAAAAACCAACAAUAAAAUGUUCUUGGAUUAUAAGUUGCA